AUGGCAUCCAUGAAGGCUGACAAACCCAUUGGCACCCAACUUUUUGGGCAUGCCAAGAAAGAAACUAGUGAUGGUGCUCUAAAGGGUCAAUCUUCCAAAUCAGCUCCAAAGAAAACUCAGCAGAAGCCUCAAGAAUCAAAUAAGAAAAAGGACAACAAGUCAUCCAUGAAAGCUGAAAAACCCGUUGGAACCCAACUUUUUGGGCAGGCCAAAAGAAACUUCAAUAAGAAAAAGGGAAAGGGGAGCAAACUGCUAAAAACAAGUAGCCUUACUUUUGUGAAGGAAAAUGACUUAAAAACCACAUCAGCAAUGAAUAACAACUAA